AUGGAUGAAAAUGGUAAUCAUGGUAUCUUGGAAUUUAAUACAAAUUCACCUGGAUCUUUAUUUUUGACUUCAAUCGCAAGAACUAUUUAUGAAAAGUUACCAUGUUUUCAAGGAAAAUUUGAUUUCUCCAAAAAGGUUGUUCCACAACUAAUAGAUGAUGAAGAGUAUUUUUUAGAAUAUCUAAUUUCAUUCUAUCAAAGAGUCAAACAAACAAUCAAAAAACCAUCAAUAGCUUAUCUUAUUAGUAAAGAGUAUAUCUCUUCUAUUUUAGAUAGGGAUAUAUUCUUGGAAAUAGGAAAGAGAAUGGGAUUAGAUGUUUUUGUUGCUGAUAUUUCUGAUUUGGAAUAUUCAAAAGAAGUUGGUUUAUCAUAUCAAGGUCAAACUAUUGAUUUUGUUUGGAGUAAGGUCUUAAUUAGGUUAGGAUCAGAAAAUAUGUUUUACUCUAACGAACUAAAUGUAGAAUCAAACAAAUAUUUUCAAGCAAUCAAAGAUGGAAAAGUGUUUUCUCUGAAUAGUUUUCAUUCAUCUUUUGUUUCUGAAAACAAGAAAACACUUGCACUCCUCUAUGAUAAAAGAUUUUCUCAUCUUUUCAACAAUUGUCAACUUGAAGCAAUCAAACAAUUGGUAAUUCCAAGUUAUGUUCUUCAUUCAAAAGAUCCAAACUAUUAUGAUCUCAAAUCCAAAGUAUUAUCAAACAAAGAUCUUUAUGUAAUUAAAGGAUCUUUGAGUGGUCGAGGAAAAUCAAUAUUUAUUGGAUGUGAAAUGACUCAAGAAGAAUGGGAGAAGAAAUUGGAAGAAGUUGUUGAUGGUCCAUUUAUGAUUCAGAAAUUUGUUAAAUCUAAAGUUUCUCAAGUUUUAUCACCAUUUUCAAGAAACUAUGAAGAAAUGGUUACAACAUUUGGAAUCUAUCUUCUUGGUGGAAAGACUUGUGGUAACAUGAUUCGUUCAUCACCAAACUUAAUUACCAAUAUUCAUUCAUCUGGUUUAUUUCAAAAUUUUUUUGUCAUGGAAGAAUAA